CCGUGCUUAAUGCACUGGGGAUGCAAAUAGAAAAACAAGCCCAUCUCUGCCCCAUAGCCUUCCCCCAGUGAGCUUCUGCCGGCGCAUCCUCUACCUCGACCCGUCUCCUAGCAACUAUUGCGAAGGUGGAGCGAAGGGCAGAGGGAGGGAGGAGUCCUCUGAAGCAACGUCGGGGGCUGCUCUAUCUCCUAGCAACCAUGGGGCGGGGGGAGGCCAAUGCAGCAUCCUCAAUCUUGUCCCGUCUCUUAGCAACCAUCGCGAGGGGGGAGCGUGGGGAGGGAAAAGGAGGGGAGGGCCAGCUCAGCGCCACUUCCGCUUCUCUGCUCUAGUAGGUUACUAGGGGCGACCCAAGGCCGGGCCGGGGCCGGGGCUUAGUGCCCCCGGGCGCCCCCGCCGGCCUCCGCGGCCUAGCGGCCCCGAUCCUCCCUCCGCUGCGCAUCCUCACCGGAUAGAGGCUGGAGUCGGCGCGAUGGCGGCGGCGGCGGCAGCUCCGCGGCCCGAGGCCGAGGAGGCCUCAGAGCCCCCCUGGGCGCUGCUGGGCCGGCGGACUGACGGGGAGGUUACGACCAAGGCCCCGCUGGCCCCACCGGGCCUGGCCGGGGGCAAGCCUCGCGGCAUAUGCUCCCGCUCCUAUUUCCUGGUGCUGAUGGUGUUCGUUCACCUCUACCUGGGUAACGUGCUGGCACUGCUCUUCUUCGUGCACUACAGCAACGGGGACUCGUCCGGGCCGGGGCCGGGGCCGGGGCCGGGGGCCGGCCAAGGAGCGUCCCCCGAGCCUGGCCCCGCGGACGCUGGCUCCGCGGACACCGCCCCCGAAGCCGCCCCAGCCGCGCGAGCUCCGGCCGCCCCUCCAGCCCCCACCCUCCUCGGGGCGCCGCUCAUCCGUCUGGAGGGCAUCAAGGUUGGCUACAAGCAGAAGGUGGAGUUGAUCCCCAACAAAAUACAUGAUGUGAAGACCCUCAGCUUGAAGCCUCUUCUCUUUGAAAUUCCUAACUUUCUAAGUGAGGAAGAAUGCAAGCUGAUUAUCCACUUGGCCCAGCUGAAAGGGCUGCAGAAGAGCCAGACGCUGCCCACAGACGACUAUGAAGAAGCCAUGGAAAUGAUUGAAGUCAGCCCGAUGGACGUCUUCAAUCUGCUGGACCAUAACCAGGAUGGGCAGCUGCAGCUCAAGGAGGUGCUGACCCAUACCCGUUUGGGGAAUGGGAGGUGGAUGACGCCUGAGAACAUCCGGGAGAUGUACACUGCGGUCAAGGCCGAUCCUGAUGGUGAUGGUGUGCUGAGUUUGGAGGAGUUUAAGCAGUUACACCUCAGGGACUUCCACAAGUACAUGGGGAGUCAGAAGGUGAAGGUGAGCGACCUGGUGCGCAACAGCCAGCACACUUGGCUGUACCAGGGCGAGGGCGCCCAUCAGGUCAUGAGAUCCAUCCGGCAGAGGGUGCUCCGUCUCACUCGUCUGCCGAGAGAGAUUGUGGAACAUAGUGAGCCUAUGCAGGUGGUCCGGUAUGACCAGGGCGGCCACUACCAUGCCCACAUGGACAGUGGGCCUGUGUUCCCAGAAACAGCUUGCAGUCAUACAAAGCUCAUCGCUAAUGAAACGUCACCCUUUGAAACUUCCUGUCGCUACGUGACUGUGCUGUUUUACCUGAACAAUGUCACUGGUGGUGGGGAGACAACCUUCCCCGUGGCAGAUAACAGGACCUAUGAUGAGCUGUCCCUGAUCCAGAAUGACAUUGAUCUCCGAGACACCAGGAAACACUGUGACAAGGGGAACCUGAGAGUGAAGCCUCGGCAAGGCACAGCCGUCUUCUGGUACAACUACCUGUCUGAUGGGCAAGGUUGGGUAGGAGAAUUGGAUGAAUAUUCAUUGCAUGGUGGCUGUCUGGUCACCCAGGGAACCAAAUGGAUAGCUAACAACUGGAUCAACGUAGACCCCAGCAAGAGUCGCCAGAUCCAGUUCCAUCAGGAGAUGGCUCGUUAUGCCCAGGAGGAGCUGGAGGCCCAGACUGAGUGGACAGUGGACAAGUCCUACAAGAAUGUGCACGUAGAGCUCUGAUGGUGGGCGUGAGGUCAGAGACAGCCACCGACGGACCUGGCGCAGCUUCUGCAGUGACACUCGUGGGAGCCUCCACGCUGUUUGCUUUAACGGGAAGCUGAUGGUUCUUUGCCUUGUCUGCCAGGAAGGCUCCCCGGCGCCUGGGGGGGGGUCUCAUUCCCCUCGUUCAUGAGGCUCUAAGAUGACGUCUGAGGUAUCAGGCUUGGGGUAGUCAGAAUGAUGAAUUGGUGAGGAAGUGGGGCCACCAUGAGCACCCAGAGGAGCCCUACUGCCCUGUGUCCGUGGAAUUUCUCCAGGAAAAAAGGGCCUGAAAGGAUUUUCAGAAAAGAAGGGAUUUACUUGGAGUCCGAGUGAGUUCAACCCAUGUAUGUAUGUGGGGCUUCUGGUGGCUGCCCUGGAGGUGUGGCUGUUUGUUCCCACAUCUCCAUAGAAAUCCUCCAGGAGUUAGUAGCUCCCUCGUACAGGCCAGGCUGUGGCUGAGGAAGAGGGAAGUUCAUGUGGAGGACAGCAGCCUCCUGGUGGAGGAAAGGGAAAGUUUGAAGUCUGGCUUAAGUCCUUCCUGUGUCUGGAAGGAGGGAAACAGGCCAGAGUCUAGUUCUCACCUUCACACCCUGUAGUUGAGGAGAAUUUAAGCCCUUAAGUUAUUUGUAGAAAUGUCAUUGUCACCAGGAAAGAAAGCUGAUUUGGUGCUUAAGAGCUCAGGGUUGGGAUUGGGGGGAAUACUGGCUAAUUCCCAAGUUUCCCUAGGAACUUGGAUGCCUGAGGGAAAUUCUCCUUUUUGUUUUUGUUGUUGCACUAUUCUGACAGGGCCAAGGUAGGUGUUCAGAUCUUCCCACUGCAAGGAAUACUGCCACCCUCAGUUAAGCCUCAGCAUGCUUCUGAUUCACAGGCCAGACUUCCUGAUGCUCAGGGUUCAACCCUGGGCCGGGCUCACGUGGAAGAGAAACAGUCACAUCAGAGCUGAACAGGACCUUAGAAAUCAGUUCAUCUGGUCCUCUCAUUUUACAGAGGAAGGCGCAAGACUAAGGAAGCAGUGACUUGCCCAAGGUCACAGUGCGUUUUGAUGACAGAGCCAGGACCAGGAGCCUUACCUACAGCAGGGUGGGGAAAUGAUACCAUAUAUGGGCACGUAGCAAUGGUUUCUUCUCAGGGGACAAUAGGCUUUAAUCAUGCCGAAGUAUAAAUUAUUGGGGAAAAAGGGAAACUUUUAAAGUGCAAUAGUAACAAUUUUGUUCCAUUUUGUGGAAUGAAGUGGUUUUUGUUUUUUUUUUCAUUUAAACUCUUGUAUUCUUUGUGAGCAGUGGGGAACUGACAGUCUAGGUAGGUCCUGGGGGCACUUCCUGAAGAACGACUUCCUGUUUGCAAUCUCAGAGGUGCUUGCUACAUACUAGGAGAAUUCUUCAGAAAAUGCACUUUGCCUGUAACCCUUCCUAAAUUGGGACACUCACUGCACCUUUUGCUUCAUUGCCAUCUCUCUGUUAUCUCUGUUAUAUCUUAUCAUACACAUGCAAUUGGUGACUUGUGUACAGCCAUGCCUCAUACACUGAUAUAUGCAAAUACUUCUGCAGCUAAUCGGGGGUUCAUUCUGGUGUGAGUGUAUUUUUUCCCUCUGCUUCUCAACCCCCUUCACACACACAAAUGCACAUUACAAAUCCUUCAGAAGAACUAAACCAAAGAGGCCUCUCUUUGUUUCUCCACCUAGAUAGAUUCCUCGCUCUCUUGUGAGAACGUUUUGUGGUGACUGACCAGCAGUGGAAAAGACCAUAGUUGAUAUAAGCCUAUGAAAGAAGGGGCAGCUUAGGAUUGCCCCAUCUGAGAAGAAUCAAGAAAUCCUUUAGACCUUUUACUUGUGCCGUCUCCUGCAAGAAUGCUGGUCAGCACAAAAAAGGCUCCUCUCAAGUCGAAUUGUGGAAGCCUGGGCGUUAGCUCAUAAACUGUAAAUGAUUAAGAACGGCACAAAGACAGAAAUGACACGUUUGCACCACACUCUGGUUGAGUCCAGACUGCUGCCAACCGCCAUCUUCACUACUGGCAGGGCUCAACUCGAGCUGAGUGAGAGCAGUUUUGUGGAAGGGAGAAAGGAGUACUUUAAAGUAAAGGUACUUAAAACUCUUUUUAAAAAAAGUGUCAAGAUGUCUAUCUUAUUUUUGGUUGUGGUUGGAGUUUCCAGUCUUUUGAUCUACCCCCUUUUGAAGGAGAGACAUGAUUCCCAGCCCUGGGAAUUCCCGGUCGGAUGGACUUCGUGUGGCUCGAAGGCAGGGGCAUCACAUCUAAUACUGCCCUAAUCCAUGGGCAUGGGCUGUUGGUCCGGCCUGGACCCUCGGAGUUCCCAGCCCAGGAAAUCCCUGCAGGCCGUCGUGGGCCCGCCUCCGCCUCCUGCCCCUUCCUUUUGUGUGCUAUUGCGUGCGGACCCCCGAGGUCCUAAAGCGGCCAAAUAAAAAGUGAAAGACUUCAA